GUGGCAUGGUUGUUGGUGCCAGAAGGGCUGGUCUGAGUAUUUCAGAAACUGCUGAUCUACUGGGAUUUUCACGCACAACCAUCUCUAGGGUUUACAGAGAAUGGUCCGAAAAAGAAAAAAUAUCCAGUGAGCGGCAGUUCUGUGGGCGGAAAUGCCUUGUUGAUGCCAGAGGUCAGAGGAGAAUGGCCAGACUGGUUCGAGCUGAUAGAAAGGCAACAGUGACUCAAAUAACCACCCGUUACAACCAAGGUAGGCAGAAGAGCAUCUCUGAACGCACAGUACGUCGAACUUUGAGGCAGAUGGGCUACAGCAGCAGAAGACCACGCCGGGUGCCACUCCUUUCAGCUAAGAACAGGAAACUGAGGCUACAAUUUGCACAAGCUCAUCGAAAUUGGACAAUAGAAGAUUGGAAAAACGUUGCCUGGUCUGAUGAGUCUCGAUUUCUGCUGCGACAUUCGGAUGGUAGGGUCAGAAUUUGGCGUCAACAACAUGAAAGCAUGGAUCCAUCCUGCCUUGUAUCAACGGUUCAGGCUGGUGGUGGUGGUGUCAUGGUGUGGGGAAUAUUUUCUUGGCACUCUUUGGGCCCCUUGGUACCAAUUGAGCAUCGUUGCAACGCCACAGCCUACCUGAGUAUUGUUGCUGACCAUGUCCAUCCCUUUAUGACCACAAUGUACCCAACUUCUGAUGGCUACUUUCAGCAGGAUAAUGCGCCAUGUCAUAAAGCUGGAAUCAUCUCAGACUGGUUUUUUGAACAUGACAAUGAGUUCACUGUACUCAAAUGGCCUCCACAGUCACCAGAUCUCAAUCCAAUAGAGCAUCUUUGGGAUGUGGUGGAACGGGAGAUUCGCAUCAUGGAUGUGCAGCUGACAAAUCUGCGGCAACUGUGUGAUGCCAUCAUGUCAAUAUGGACCAAGCUCUCUGAGGAAUGCUUCCAGCACCUUGUUGAAUCUAUGCCACGAAGAAUUGAGGCAGUUCUGAAGGCAAAAGGGGGUCCAACCCAUUACUAGCAUGGUGUACCUAAUAAAGUGGCCGGUGAGUGUAUAUAUAUAUAUCUCAACAUUAUUCUGCCUCUCCAAACUGAACACUGUCACAAGCGUGUGCCCAAGCGUGUACCCACCAAUUAGUAGUAGCGAGGUGUAAUCGCAGACAAUGAAUUGGGGGUUGUCAGAAAAUUUCCCCUAUUUUCCAAACCAAAACUUGACAGGUAUGAUCCAGUAUGUAAUGGGGAGUGAGUAGAGCUGUUGUAGGAUGGAUGUGAUGUGGUAAAAGGAGGUGGUGUGAGUGAUGUAUGGAGGGUGUUGUGUGGGAGGCAAAACAGAAAUGACUGACCAUCUUUAAUCAUGUCUACAAUCAUCAAAAACAAUAAAACCAUGCUGUGCCAAAAACUGCCACAUCACUCUGAGUAAGGUAAAGCUCUUAUGUGGGACUUUUGCUUCUUGUUUAAUUUUGGUGCCCCCUGUAGACAGAGCAUUCUUUUCUGAGGCUGGGGACCAGGAGUGGACCAACAAACUAAUCUUGAUGUUUAAUAGGUUUGAUUCUGGCCACACUUACUCCCCCAGCCACUACCAGCCAGCACCUCUGCUACACCAUCUUAGCCCUCUACCAACCCCCCUCCCUUCCUCAUCCACCCCUUGCCUCUCCAUUACGUCUGACCAUAUGAGAAGUGAGCUAAGAAGGAUCUAGCCGAGUAUGGCAUCAACUCCAGACUGCUGCAGGACUGCACAGACCAGGUCUGUGAGAUGCUCCUGCACAUCCUCAAACUGAGCCAUAGUCUAGAGAGGGUCCCAACCAUAGACUGUAUAUAGAAUGAACAUGAUCUGCCUUCCUGUUGGAUGAAGCCGCCACGAAAACAGCACCCCUGGUGAUAUACUGCAACAAGUCAGUUGCAAUAUUGACAUGUAGUUAUUGUUAGACUGAUUUUUGCUCAAGUCCUCUUUUUUUCUGGGCAGCUCCAUUUUUAAAAGUUAUCAGGGGUUAUAAAGAUGGGAUAUGAUGUCAUAUUUUCUAUGGCGGACACUUGGACACUGUCAGUGGGCAUACGAAGAUUGUGUAGGACAUCUGUUUGAGCAAAGCGUCUUAACACAGCAAUUCUCCCACCGAGCAGUACUGCACAAAUGCUGGUUUCUGGGAAGGGAAAAAAAAUAGUGGUGCUUUUUUGUUUCAAACUCAUACAAUGACGGGAGGCAGAUUUACAUUGUCCAUUCAGUAUACAGUCUAUGGUCCUUAGCCCAUGGAAAACCUAGUGUGUGGUUUCUGUCCCAGAGGAAGACUCAGCAGACUGGUCAGGAAGGCUAGUCCUGUCCUGGGCUGUCCCCUGGACUCCAUAGAGGAGGUAGGUAAGAGGAAAGUGUUAACCAUACUGACAUCCAUCAUGGACAAAUCUUCAUUCAUCCCCAGCAUGAGACUGUGCGGGUCCUGAACAGCUCCUUCAGCAUCAGACUGAGACAUCUGCCCUACAAGAAGGAGCGUGACUACAUGUCCUUAAUCCCAUCUGCAGUCAGACUCUAUAACAUCAGCAGUACUCCACUUCUUCAACAUCAUCCUGUCUCAUCUCACUACACGAAGGCUGCUUGGUGACUUUGCACCAUGAUUUACCAAUAGUCACACAUUUUAAUUACUUUAUCAUUUUAAUCAUUUGAUAUUUGAAUUAUUGCAAUGUUAAAACCCUUUUAUGCAUGCCUGCCCCAGCAUUUAUUCUUGUUAUUAGGUUGUCACACCUCUCAGGUAAAAAGAUCAAUAAUUAAUUGCAACAAUCAGCAGGUCAUCUGACCUCCAGUAAUAAAAUGCAGUUCAAGGGUUUCCAAACCUGCCAGUUCAAACUGACAUACUGACUCACUCUCUCUGGCUCUAUUCCCAGAGUGCUGACACACCUCGAUACACACACACACACACACAACCACCCACUCCAUGAACAUUAAACUGAGGUGAUCUGAAUUCACCUUCAGAGUGAGAUUGGUUGCUACGCUCAGUUUGGUUUCACAUCUGUGACACUAAAAGGAACAAUCAGAGGACUUGUCUGAUUUUUUACUGACUGAGUUCUACGAUGCAUUUACGCCACGAAAGGAAACCUGACAUGUUGCUGAGGUAAGAAAACCACAUCAACCACACUGCUGCUUUCUGAAGAAAGAGUAAUCAUGAAAGAAGUGGGUUUUUUGAGACUGUAAAUGCCGGCAAUGAAAUGUUUUUGUGUAAAGUUUAAUUUCGAGUCACCUUCAACUUUGUGAAUAAGUGCUGUCCUUAUCUGACCAGCUUUGGUGCAAUUUAGAUUAAAGAAAACAGACAUUUGUAGCCACAUACUCAGACCACUGAUUUGGCCGGGACCCUGUAGCCAAUCCCCAAGAAAAGGACAGUCUACUUUAAGAGUUGGCGGCUCUUGCUCCCUCUACUCUCUCCCUCUGGCACUGUGGUCACUUCUUGAUCACCUCACAUCUGGUCUGCAGUGUUUCUGUUGUGCAGGUACGGUAGCAGUGGUGUGUUUGAUUGUCUGCAUGGACAUUUUAUCACAAUUCUAAGACGCUCUGUUAUAAUAGUUACAAAAUACAGCGUGUACCCUGUUGAGCUCAUCCAAUCAGCAUUGCCUGCUUGGCAGCAAAUACAUUCCCAUUUUAAUCAAUGCAGCAUCAAUAAAGUGUCUCUGCUCUAUCUCAACGCGCUGCUCUUCUAAAGCCAAAAACAUACAGGAUCCCAGUUGAGCGCGUUCGUCAGCAUUGCGUCUCUGCUCCGUAGAGCAGCGCUGUCUAUCGCACACAGGAUGCAUGUUUGGAGCGUGGCAGCAGCGUAGUGCAGCCCUGGCUGAGCUCAGUGUAGAGGGAACCACAUGCUCAUGUCAGGUUGUUUUGCCUUUCUGUGGUCUAUUUCCUGCUAAUUUGGAUAUGAUUCAGUGACUGUUGAGCCUCUAUUGUAUGUAAAAAAGCAACAUGAUUUUAAAGUUUUGGUUUUUGCAGGUUUACUCAUGUUUAAGAAAGUAAACUAUGUUCCUUUUUGCCGUUCUGUGACCUUCACACAGACUUAGCAGUUAAAAGUCCUUUUGGGGUCCACAUGGAUCAGGGGUUGACCAUUGGAUUGUUCUGUGUAACUGAUAAAUCCAUAACCAGGAGGUAUUUCUCAGCUACAAGAUCAGAUAAACAGUUGGGAGUCAGGGGUGCAGCCAGAAAUUUUGGGCCCCACAACAAAAAAAUCAAUCAGGCCCCCUCUGCGCAGUGACUGUCACCACAUCUCUUGGACCUAACGGUCCCAGCAAAAGUUUUACAUAACUGAAAUUACAGGCUGUCAACGGUCCUGCUUCUUGUAGUUCAAUACUAGUACUAGCACAAUAUUGUCUGCUGGUGAUUUCUACAUCCAAAUCUACGUACAGUAUGCAGUUCAGUAUUUGAAAUAAUUGCGCAGUAUUUCAGGCCAAGUUUAUGAUGGGAAUAGUAAAGACUGUAUCUAUAGAUGUCAUUUAACAGCCAUAAAUCAAUCUAAAUAAAAGUAUCAAUAUCAAUUACAUGCAGGGUGAGGUAAGCUUCUCAUUAUUUCCAACUGUCCAGAAUACAGUAGAGACAGUAGACUGUUUUUAAACUUCUAUUUAUCUCAUAAUGAUCAUUAAGUGAAAAAUAAUUUGUGUUUAAAUUAAUGUAACUAAUAUCUUUUUUUUGAACUGGUUAAAAGAGCAAGAGAGACAGAGAAAUCCACAUACUCCCUGCAAUGAUGCUGUCAUGUCAUUGAAUAUAGUGUUGCUCAUCUACUUCACAGGGACAGGGAAGGGUGCAGGUAUGGAGAGAUUGAGGUGCUGCGGACUCAUCUGUUUUUAAGUCUGCUAAUAGAGACAGUCAAUGAUUUAAUAUAAAUACACUGCUAAACAUUUCCCUGCACUGAUUAAAUUUUGAUGAAAUAGGCUAACACUAGCCCGUGGCUUGCUAGCUAUUUCAACUGUAGACAGUAAUACCACUCUUGGUAAAAAAAAAAAAAUCCUGGGUAACAUUGUGGUCACUAAUUAUAGUAACUUUGGGUGUAUCUCCUGUCCUAACUGCAAUUAAACUCAAGUUACUAAUAAGUGCACAAAGGCAGCUUGUUAACUUAAUCGUGUGUGACUCUUUACUGGAUAUUUCAUCAGAUAAGAUAUACAGUGCCUUGAAAAAGUAUUCAUACCCCUUGAACUUUUUCACAUUUUGUCACUCUACAACCACAAACUUAAAAGUAUUUUAUUGAGAUUUUUUCUCAUCAACCAACACAAAGUAGCAAAUUAUUGUGAAGUGGAACGAAAAUGAUACAUGGUUUUCAAAAAUUUCAACAAAUAAAAAUCUGAAAAGUGCAGUGUGCACAAGUCUUUUUGGGUAUAUCCCUACAAGCUUUGCUCAUCUAGAGACUGAAAUUUUGCCCAUUCUUCCUUGCAAAAUAGCUCAAGCUCAGCCAGAUUGGGUGAAGAGCGUUUGUGAACAGCAGUUUUCAAGUCUUGUCACAGAUGCUCAACGGGAUUUAGGUCUGGACUUUGAUUUGGCUAUUCUAACACAUGAAUAUUCUUUGAUCUAAACCAUUCCAUUGUAGCUCUGGCUGUAUGUUUAGGGUCAUUGUCUUGCUGGAAGGUGAAUCUCUUUCCCACUCUCAAGUCUUUUGCAGCCUCCAACAGGUUUUCUUCCAGGAUUGCCCUGUAUUUAGCUCCAUCCAUCCUUCCAUCAACUCUGACCAGCUUCCCUGUCCUUGCUGAAGAAAAGCAUCACCACAACAUGAGGCUGGUGUGUUCAGGGUGAUGAGCAGUGUUACUUUCCCGCCACACAUAGCGCUUUUGUGUGUGAAUGUCCGACCCGCAUCAGUGUUAGCAUAACAUUAAACUAUGUGAACUUGCUAACCUGCAAAACUCGAGUAGGCAGCUGCUUCGAAAGAAGUGCCCUGUAUGUGUUUACUGUUAACUUUAAAUGCUGGAAACUAUAUAACCAGAAAAACGUGAGUAAGAAGUUGCUCAGAGAGUGGUCCCAGUCUGUGUUUAAUAGAAAAGUGCUGACAAUCAAAAAACAACAACAAAAAAAACAAAACAAACAAACAAACAAAAAAAAAACCAUGCUGAUUCUUUUCUUCUUGUAAACUGCCUGGUUUAGAAGGAAAGAAGGCUAGAGCAUAUUGUGACAUUACACUUUUGAAACCAAAUACCUAUUAGUGCGUGUAUGUACUUAUUAUAGUGUAUUUAUUUUCUAAAUUAUUUAUUUAAAAAUAUUUUAUUUGCAGCCUAUGCAGAUAUUUUUUCAGAUAAUCAUACAUUAAUCAUACAUUAACAUUUUUUCCAUAAUCGCCCAAGCACUGAUGCAGUUUAGAGAUGAAAAUGACGGAGAAGAAGGUGAAAGAGACAACCAAUUAAAGCAAUGUAUUACUCUUGUGGUACAUGAAGGACAAAAGCUGUAAAUUGAGACUGUAAAGAAAGGACGUCCCUAGCAAAAAUGUACAUGCAGGUUAUGCUGUUAUAUCGUCCCUACCAAUGUUGAGACCAAACCUACGCCAUUGGAAGAUAAUCUACUAAUAUGCACAGCUGACUGGCUACUAAUGACAUUUAAAUCCAUGAUUUAUAAUGUCUGAUUGUAUUUUGGUAGUUGUUUUCUGAUUAUGGUUUAUCAUACUGUCCAUAUUAUAAUUAUUUUUUUCAUCAGUUUGACUCUACCAUGUUUUAGGAAGUAAGUUGCUAUAUUGAAGCACUGGACUGACUUAACAGUUGAGACCAUAAAAUUAUCGGGGAAGUGUUUGUGGUUUAAGAAGAAGCAGACUCAUUUUCUCAGACUCAAAGCUCUCCAUUUAUAGGUAACCACGAAAUCAAUGUAAUAAGGUGUGGCUGUCUCCCUGAACCACAUGACCCUCAAUCCUUUUACUGGAUGCUGCACCUUACAAACACCACUCCCUACAAAACCUGUACAAACCUGUACAAACAUGAGUUGUUUAUAUCUAUGAAAACUAUGCCUCAUACUUGCUGUUCUUGUGUUUGCUUUUUGGUUUGGCCCAUAUCAUUGAAACAUUUAAGACAAUGACAAACUUGUUACUCUGAAAUGCAGGAGAUUAUAAAAGAAAGUCAAGGAUGCAAGUCUAGACUGGCACAACAGAGCAAGGAUGGAAGCCAAGGAUAAGGAACAAGACAGUUUUUCAAGCCAUCUCUCCAUGAAGAGUGACAACUCCAAAGAGGAGCCACUAUAUUUCAGCCAGGAGGAAAGGUUUGUUGUCAUUUCUUCUCUGUGCCUUAACAUUUUCAAAACUAUUUGUACCUGGCUCUUCUAACAGAACAAAAACAUUAAAUAAUGGAGAAAAAUGACUCAUCGUUUUAUGGUUAAUAUUCAGUUACUAUGGUUCGGGUGUGUUGUGCAGAAUUCAGGUUGGUACACAGUCGUCCUAAAGUCCUAAAACUUGUGUGUCAGUGCAUGUAUUAGAGGGACUCAGAGCAAUUCUGGUUUUUCUCAACAACGUAAAGUAUCCUGGAAAAUUUAAAAUAAUAUUUAAAAAUAUAUUUUAAUUUAUUCAUGCAUUGAUUACAUGCUCGGAGAAUUAUUUUGACUUUUUGGUAGUAAUUUUGAUGAUUUUAGCCUAAUAUUAAGAAAGUCUGAAAUCCAGUGUCCCAAAUUAACCACAUGAUCAAUCAAAGAUCUAAACUGCAGAUGUUCAAAUGUACAACUUGUGCUUUUUUUAUGGCUUCUUUACCAUGAAUGAUUUUGUGCAUCAUGGCUCAGAGGCCAUCAGCAUGUGUCACUGGGAAAGCCCAGAUUACUUUAUUAGUAGCCCUCAGAUGGUCUGUAUUUUCGGGCCAGGUGUUGCUCACCUCCCUUUUGAGUAAUAUCCUCUAUGGGGUUCAGGCCAGGUCAGGUGGUUGGCAAAUCGAGUACUGUGACAUCUUGGUCGCUGAACUAUUUGGUAAGAGUUUUGGCACUGUGGAUAGGUCCCAGGUCCUGCCAGAAAAGGAAAUCAGUAUCUUCAUGAAGUUUCUCAACAGAUUAGGGAAAGAAGGUCUCUAAAACCUCCUGGUAGACUUCAGGCUGUGUUGAUUCUGGAUUUAAUGAAACACAGGAGACCAGCAGCGGCACAUGACAUGGCACCCCAAAUCACCACAGACUGAAAAAUUCACACUGAAUGUCAAGCACCUUGGAUUUUUGGCCUCUUUGAUCUUGAUGCUCUGACACCAGGCUCAGUUCAGUCCUGUGGAGCUCCUCUAAGUUCUUGACUAUACUUUGUUUGUCAGUCCUCUCCAGGCUGUUCUCAUCCCUGUUUCUUGGUCUCCUUUUUCUCCCUCACUUUUCUCUUCAGUCAACUUUCAUGAAUCUGCUUCAUAGAGACUCUGGAAACAGCCAAACUUUUCAACAGGAACCCUCUGAGGCUGAGCCUGUCUUUGGAGGGGGUCAAUGAUGGUCUUCUCGAUGACUGUCCGGUUUACAGCAGUCUUUCUAUAAUCAAACCACUCUAUUAAUUUGACUGCAAGUUUGCCAAGACCAUCUCAAAAAAAGGCCAAACUUAUCAGCUGAGUUGAUCAUCCUGGAAUAUAUGCUUGAUGAAGUAUAAUACCAUAUUAGAGACAUAUCAUGUGAGACAACAGACAAUUGAAUUUCCCUUUGGGGAUAAAUAAAGUUAUUCUUAUUCUUAUUUCACCUUCCCCAUUUGUCUCUGUAUGUCAUUUCCAGGACCCCUCCAGGUGCUGAGACCAGCAAGACAGGUGCAAAAUCCCCAGCUGGUGUAUCACAGGCACAAAGCGUAUGUAGAGUUUUCUUGUUCUUGUUUUCACUGUUUUUUUAUCUGUAUCAGACUCUGUUUAGGAACCAUUGUUGUUCAAAUAUUUAACCAUUUUCUCUCCUAUUCAAACCUUCGUUUCACAGGUUGAUGACUUUACACUCCCACCCCAGAUGGAAAACUGGACCAAAGACCAUGUUAAAGACUGGUUGACCACUAAACUCAGAGUACCACAGAACAUUGUGCAGAAUCUUUUUGAACAGGAGUUUUCAGGAGCUUGUUUGGUGUCUUUUGAGAAGCGAGACCUGUUAGAGCUAGGUGUUCCACUUGCACCAGCUAUACAAAUUGUACGACAGGUUGAGAAGUUCAAACAGCAAUUUUCUCCCGGGUUAAGUGUAUCAACUCAAGAAGUUUCAGGAACCAUUCAUGAAUCUAUGGAAACUCAAACAGUUUCAUCGGAUUCAGGGAUCCAAAGUCUAAGCUCUACAUUACUCAUUCUGCAGGAGGCAAGAAACAGAAUCAAAUCUGUAAUGGACCAGAAGUCAACAAAUAGCAAAUUCCUUCUUCCAGAAGUGACUGAUAGUCCAAUCAAGUUGAAAGACCUAACUGACCAGAAAUCAACAAAUGAUGAACCACUAUAUCAAGAAAUUACUGACAGUUCAACUUUCCUACCACCUAACCAGCCAAUAUGCCAAAUUCGAGCCUUUGACAAAAGCAACCCAUCUAUUUUCUACACGCACAAUGGCAGGCUUCCCCCUGUGGCUGGUCCAAGUAAUCUUCUUGAUCCUGUCCAUGAGUACCACCUGCUGCCUGAUGCCAAUGAAACAAGUGAAAUAGAGAUUCUCCACGAGUUCACAACAGAAGUAUUUAGUUUUGCCGCAAGCUGCAUGAAUUCACGAACAAAUGGCACUAUACAUUUUGGAGUCAACAAGCAGCCAGGACAGGGGCAUGGUCAGGUGGUGGGGCACAAGAUCACCUCUUUCAGCAAAUAUAUUGAGAUACUCAAUUCACGUCUGUGGGAUUAUUUUGAAGAGGAGCAUGUUAAUGCUGCGAGUUUGUGCAUCAGGCCUCCUAACUUUAUACAUGUUUACCUCGAAGAUGGAACAGCUUCGGACAAUUGGGUGAUUGAGGUUGAUGUGGUUCCAACAUAUUCACAGACGCAGGAGAAUAUUUUCUAUACUCUACUGAGUAUCGAAUCAACAGAGAAAAAGCAACAAAGCAAAACUGAAUGUCUCUUUUUACGAGAUGGUUCGAGAUCAAUUAAUAUUUUGGCAGAUACCAAUCCUCGACGAGUCCAAGAAGAGAUGAAAAGUUUGAUCGUUAAAGUGAAAGACUGGGCAUCAGUGAGAAAGACAGCUGAGGAGACGGAUGAAAAACCUCCCUCCCAAGGCAACCAGGGUCAAAGGCUAAAACAGCUGAUAACUCGUGGAAGAGAAGCAUUUGAGAAUUCCAUUCAAGUGAUUCUUGUUACUGACAAAUGCCACCCAGACCAACUGGAGCACCUUGACUUUCUAAAGGAGAUGAAGCUGUUUGCUGUACUUGAGUUUGACCCAGAGUCAGAUGUAAAUGGAACAUGCAGUUUUUACAGAAGAGAUCACGUAGGCAACCUGCACUUCCCUCGCAUGUACGAUACUCAAGACAGUGUGACCACAACCAUUCAGAAGCUGAACUUGUUUCACCAAACAAGUUGGGUCUUCUGUAACGGACAAGUCAAUGAAGAAAGUGAGACAGACAAGCCACUGACACCAAGUGAAUGGCUCAAAAAACGCUCCGGUGAGAUCAACAAUGUGGUGUCUUUUCUUUUUAAACCAGACCUGCUCUCCAAAGACAGACUCCUUGUGAUAAUCAUUCUUCACUCAGCUGUGGACAUGGACAUUUCGAGUCCUAUUCUAGAGGCUUUCUGUGCAAUCUAUCGCACACUGGAAGGAUUCGACAAUAUGUUGUGCAUAUGCAAAGACUCCUCUGUAUUCGGUCGGUGGAGGCAGCUGGUAGAGUUUCGCUGUAAGGAAGACAUCACCAGCAAAUGCAUCUUUGCACUGAGUCUAAAUGAAAUAUCCAGCACCAUCAAAAAGCUUAAAGAACCUCAAACACAAUCUUCCAGGAGGUUCCUGCCAUCCAUAGGUUCAAGCUCAGUGCUGCUGACAAAAAAGGACGAAGAGCUGAUGACUGUAUUGGACAUCUUGUGUGAAAAUGAGUGUGAGAACACAGAAAUUGAAACACAGGAGUCAUUUGAGAAGUUUAAGAUAAAAACAGAGGAGGACUUUUACAGAGGAGGACAGGUCACAUGGUGGAACUUCUACCUUUCUGAAAAAGACCGGCUGCCAUUCAUCAGUCGAGACAAAUACAGUGAGUUAUAUGACCUUAUUACACCUGUAGAUGGCUACACAAACCCAUGUGUUAUCAUCAAUCUUUUCCAUCAUCCAGGAUGUGGGGGAACAACUUUAGCGAUGCAUGUUCUUUGGAACCUACGAAGGAAAUUCAGAUGUGCAGUUGUUAAAAACAACACAGCAACAAACCAAGAAAUCGCAGCACAAGUCAUAAACCUUCUGACCUAUGGCAAACAGGAGCAGUCAAGCUAUAUGCCUGUACUCCUCUUGGUGGACAACUGGGAUGAUGUGGAGGAUCUGAAGCAGUGCAUCCUCAAUGUUGCUAGUGUUAAGAAGCAACACAACCAGCUCGUGGUGAUAGUACUAAACUGUGAGAGGACCAGGUUCCCUGAUGAGAGCUCCAGAAAUAGUCGCACUGCAAAUGUGUUGAUCACCAACAAGCUGUCAAUCAAAGAGCAGAGUUUGUUCACUGAAAAAUUUGAACAGCUCAAGGAUAACCACAAAAAGCCAGAAACUUUCUAUGCAUUCAUGAUCAUGACAAAUAAUUUCAGUGAGGAUUACAUCAAAAAUGUGGUGAGCAACAUUGUUGCAGAUCUUGAUGUUUCCACCCAAGAGGGGAGGCUUUUCUCUUUCCUUGCUUUGCUGAACACCUAUGUCAAUGGAUCCUACAUGUCCCUGUCUUUGUGUGAAGAGUUAGUGGGAAUAAGAAAUACUUUCUGGAAACAAGACACACUUGAUGUUAAAAUGAACCCCUAUUCCACACUGAUGAUCACAUUCACUGUUGAUGAGCAUGGUAGCUAUCAAGCUGUACGGCUCUUACACCAAAUGAUUGCAAGUAAAUGCCUUGAAGUCCUUACCCUGCGACACAAUAUGUCUCGGUCAGAGAUCAUUGUUGACCUUCUGCACUGUGACAAGCUGUACAAAUCAUGCAUGGGAAAGGAUUUCUUGGUCCAAACUAUCCAAAGCAUGCUUGUCACACGCCAGAGGAAAGAACAGGGGGAUGAGAAGGACACAUUCUUCUCCCCAUUGGUUGAAGACAUAGACGAGAGAGAAGGAUCUGACAAUAUCAAAGAUGUCCUGGAAAAAGCCACUUGUAGGUUUGACAAAAGUGCAACCCUACCACAAGCACUGGCAAGGUAUUUCUGCUUGAGAGAGAAAGACUUCAAAUCUGCAUUGAAAUGGGCUUUGGAUGCCCGGAAUAAAAAGUCAAACUCUUACAUUGCAGAUACAGUUGGGCAAGUGUACAAAGGCCACCUCAAAAAGGAAAUUGAAGCUCCUGAGCAGCUCACUCCAGAAGCUCUUGAUGAAUGCCUGAAACUAGCCAAUUCUGCUGUGGAUGCCUUCAGGGACUCUCAGGAGCUGGCCAAGAAGGAUGAUUUUCUGGAUGCAUAUGAAAUGCACCAUAAGAAGAGACAGAAAUCUUACAAUACAUCAGGCUAUGCAGGAGAGAUAGAUGUCAUAAUGAUCCUUCUUGAUGGUAUCACAGAGCUUCCUGCUUUUUCCUCCCAUGACAGACAUAAGAGGGACAAAAUACUACAGUUCCUCAAAGGUCAACACCCAGUAAGCAGUCUUAAUGAUUCAAGUAACCCAACCUUUGACCGGUUCGUUGCUGUCCUGGCAGACCAUGAGAGAUUUCUCACCUCUCUAAUGCCAAGGCUAAAAGAAAUCUUCAAUUACUUUGAAAGCUACUUCACAUACCUAAAGCCGAGGUCACUUGAAAAAGAAACAGCCGAUGAACGAAACAAACGAAAGGUUUCUGAGUACUUUAGAAAAUACAUGCAAAUAUUUCGUAUUUCAGUGGAAGAGAAAGCAUCUGAAAAGGCCAGCAAACCCAACCUCAGUAUGGGUCAGGAAAUAGUGGACCAGAGAUGCUAUCUGGAAAUAAAAAGAGCAGACUCGUUUGCUGGACUACUGCAGCACCUGAAUGACAAAUCUCCAGCAGAAAUGGAGCACAUACUCCGAAAAUGGCAGUUUAUCUUUGAGAACUCACAAUCCACAAGUGUUUCAGAUACAGUCAACUUUAUUUUGGCGAACAUUGUUCUCCACAGCCUCAAGCCCUCCUCCACACUGCUAAAAAGGUAUGAAGUGUUGGUUUCCCUCCUCAAUGAGGCCCUUCAAAAGGAGGGCACUCACUCAAGGUUGACUGAGAUGUAUUACCUCUCUAUGCUGUUGAUGUGGCCUUUAAAGGAUAAAAGACUUGAAAGUUUGGCAACAUACAGAAAUAUUGGUCUGUACAUCACAUCAGCAAAGAAAUCGUUUCAUCGACGCUACUCUCACAUGUUUCCUUCAAGGAGCGCCAUUGCUCAUUUCUUCCUUGGAAGAUCCAGUGGCCUUAGGCAAAUCGUUUCCAAGGCGAAGCUCGAUCAAAUUUUGAUGCAGGUUUCAAGGCAGCAAGCCUCCUGCAAUGGCCAAAAUAGUCAACAACGCAAGCUGCAUGUUCUGUGGCAAAGUGGUGAAGCAUGGAAUCAGCCAGAGAUCCAGAAGAAGCUGCUAAGAAUUGAAGGACAGUCUGAACAAGGAGAAAUUUAUGUUAACUAUGGGGGCGCCCUUAAAAUGCAGGUGCGUCCUGUUUACCUGGGUGAUAUUCGAAGUGGAUACAGCCGGGAGAAACUAUCAUUCUACCUUGGGUUCACCAUGGAAGGCCCUGUGGCCUACAAUAUUAAGUAUGAAAAUGAGGACAAGUGACUGGCACUAACUUAAAUGCCGGCAUAAACAUACUGGUGUUCCAUAGACACCAGCAGGGAGAUAGUGCAGAUGUUUCAUAUUAUGACAAACCUGGUUGCCACUCUUCACACUUAGUCCAUGUUUGUAAGAGUAAAGCUAAAAAAGUCUAUCAUUGGAGAGCUGAAGAAACUCCAGCAAUUUUACUUGUAUUUCGUGAACUGUAUUUUCUGUAGUUAAGUGUCUUCUUUACUAUUAUGUAUUAUUUUAUGAAGCACUUCUUGAGACUGUUUGAAAAAACCAUGUUCAUACUUUGUACAAACAUAAUUCAUUGUUACACAACUUUUGUCAAUCAAUUCAACAAAUGUUUUCCAUUCCUUUUUUUAUACAUAAGACUCAAACAAAGGCUGUUUUUAAAGUAAUACACUUGUAAGGUGUGAACUUUUGUGCUUUUAACUAAAACAGCUGUCAAAUGUUACACUGUGAGGGAUAUUAUGGCGUAAAAUUAAUUUUAUGUCAAACACAAUCUAAAUUAAUCUGUCAUGUUCCUCUUGUUGUUGAUCAAAUGUGAUUUAUUUCUUUUAUCUAAAAUGAUGUUAAUUAGAACUGAACUUUUUGUGUUUUUUUUAAAAUGAAAUGUUAAUGUUUUUACAGUGUCAUAUUGUGGUUUAGAAAUUUGUUCAACCAUCAGUGUAUCAAAUGAUCAAACAUAAUGAUGUUUGAUAAAAACAAACAAACAAACAAACAAACAAACAAAAAUAUUAUCAAAACUUCUAUGUGUAUAAAUGGAUCUACUGCCUAAACCAUGUAUAAUGUGUGAUGGCCCAGUCCCCUGGUAUGUUUUUUCUCUUAUAGUGUUGCAGGUACAUGUGAUUGGAGCUGUUUAAUCAGCCUGGUAGGUAGCACAUCCGGG